AGCAAGCGUUCCGGCAAAAAAUGCCUCUGUGUGCCUCCCCCUCCUCACCACCAUCAUCUCCACCACACAUUCAAACGGGCGGCUUCGAUCGAAUCCCAGACCACAUCGUCCUUAUCAUCUUCAACCGCAUUUCAGACCUCAAAUCCCUCGCCCGCUGCCGCGCCGUCGCCAAGCGAUUCAAUUCCCUUGUCCCGCAAGCCGAAACCCUCGUGCUCAGGGUCGAUUCCGUAAUUUCGUCCGAAUCCAAGGGCUCUUUCCUCAGCCACCUCCUCCGCUCCAUCCUCCAUUCCCUCCACCACAUCGUAUCACCGAAACCCCCAUCAUCCCGACCCCGAUACCGAAACUCCCCUUCCGAAAUCCUCCACCACUUCGAGAAUGUCCGAAACCUAGAGAUCGAGCUUCCAGCAGGCGAUCUAAGGCUAGAGAAAGGAACGGUCCUUAAAUGGAAGGCAAAAUUCGGCAGAUCUCUCAAGUGCUGCGUGAUAUUAGGUAUUAGAGAGAUUGCAGAGGCUUCCGAAACGGAUGAUGGCGGAGAAGCAGAUGAGAUCGAUUUCUAUGGAGAGAGAGGCGGGCUUAAGCUGAGGGUGGUUUGGACGAUUAGCGCGCUAAUCGCCGCAUCGGCGCGUCAUUACCUGCUUAAUGACGUGAUUAGGGAGCAUGAGGAGAUGGAGGGAUUGGUUUUGAGGGAUAGAGAUGGGGAGGGAGUGGUGGUGAUGGAUAAGGAAGGGUUGAGGGAGUUCAGGGAGGUGGAGGAUAAGGAGUCGCAGGUUAGAGUUGGAGAGGUGAAGAGCAGGACGAUGGUGCCAGCCGUGAGGAUGAGGAUGAGACACGUGGCGGGCAUUGAUUUGCCCGGAGGGGUGAGGAUGAGAGGGGCGACGCUGGUGGUGGUUUGGGCGGAGGGGGAGAGGGAAGAGGAGAUGGAGGGGUUUGUGGCGGGGGCAUUUGGAGGGGUUUUUGGGGAUCUGGUGCAGGCGCUGGUUAAGAGGCGGAGUUACGUUCUGGAGAUGAAUUCGUUUUAGCACCCGGCGCACGUUAGCAGCUCCCUCGCCGUGUUCAUCUGCCUGACGGCGAGCGACACGACUGUGGCGCAUGUUAGAUUUUCCUCAGGUGUUUCGGACGACUCGUUCCCAGCUUGGUAGGUGUAGACUCUUGGGUGGGCUGGUGCUUGUAGAAUUAGAACUUGGGCCUUUUAGAAACGCUGUUCGCUCGCUCGAUUGAAUUCGCCUCACGGGUGAAAUUAGGCACAUGUGUGGGAAAUUGGGGACGAUCGUCAGGCGGUCCCCAUUGACAAAUUAGAUGAACGGUUGAGAAACGGUCCAUAUUUGUGUGCGAGUGUAGCCUCGCCUAAUGAUAAAAUUGGACUGGCUUUGAGACUUGCGAUAUAUGGGAAUCAUCUCAUGAGUGAUGAGUGGCUCUGAUCAAGCAUGCUUGUUCGUUGUUUACACGUGUGAGGAGAGUACACCUUUGAAGCACAUUCUAAGUACACUUGGACACUUAUCCAUGUUACGCGCUUGGGCCGCUCCGUCUCCUUGUGCGUUCGGUGUAUGAAACGUUCAUUUUCCUUUUGUUUUUUGUUUUUAUUAUUACUAUUGUUUUGAAAGUACGGUAAUGGUGUAAAUUUAUUAUUGUUCAUAAUGUAAAGUAAUUGAGCCAUUGUUUUAGAUUAA